AUUCUGGUUCAAGCCAUUUUGGCUCCAGCUAUUCCAAGGCACUCGGCACUUCGCAUUUUGCAGCAGGCCGCGCUUCUUUUCCACUGCCCGCGCGAACCACUGAGAGGGCUCACAGACUUCUGGGCCCUCAGCGAUGGCACGUGGCCCCGCGAUCGCGUUCGUUGAGCAGGAGGCGCUCUCGCAGGAGGAAGCGGAGGAGCAGCAGCAGCCCACGGGCCUGCCGCUGCAGAUGAGGACUUCGGCGUGCAGCCAUCCGCUGGUGGUUGUCUCCUGCUACACCCGCUUCGACAACUUGGCCCACGGGCCUCGCGGGACGGAAGCCAAGCGGAGCCUCUACACCUUUCGGCUUGACCCGAGCGACGGCCAGAUGUUGAUGCUCUCGGUGUCGAGAGACGUGACGAUGAACCCAGCCUUCUCGCGCUUCCACCCGACCAGAAACGUGCUCUACACUUGCACCGAGUCCGUCGCCGAGAACGGUAUCAUCGACGCCUGGAGCAUACCGCCACAAGACGGGGGCAAGCUCACCAAGAUCUCCAGUAUCAGCGCGGAGGGCACGUCGACGUGCUACCUGACUCUCGACAAAGCUUGCGAGAACAUGCUUGUGGUGAACUAUUGGAAUGCCACGAUCGGCGUGUUCGGCAUCGACCGGCGGACCGGGGGCCUCACUGGGCUCCGGUCGCUUUACGAUCCCAACGAGGGCAAGCCCAUGAAGGCACGCCACGAUAAUCACGUGAACCAUUCUGUCAACGACGAGGGUGCCCAGAAGGAGCGUCAGGCCGAUCCGCACUCUCACGCGGUCAUCUUGGACCCUGUCUUCGGCAAGAUCGCAUACGUCCCAGACCUGGGCAUGGACCUGAUCCGCCAGUUCAAGUACGACAAGGCGACGCUCGAGCCUGCCGGGUCCAUGCCGUCUGGUCCUCCCGGACGCACCGCCCUCGGCCCGCGCUACUUGGAGUUCCACCCGAGCUUGCCUUUCGUCUACGUCGUCAACGAACUCUCCUCGGAGGUGUCUGUCUUCGAGUUCGACUCGCAGGCCGCAGAGGACCUCAUCACUGGCAGAGUAGAAGCCAAAGAUGCUCGCCCCACGCUGAGGCUGAAGCAGACGAUCGGCACGGUCCCCGACGCCUGGCCCAAGGAGUGCAACACUUGCGGCCGCAUCUGCGUGCACCCCGCGGGCAAUUUCGUGCUCGUCUCCAACCGGGGCCACGACAGCAUCACCGUCUUCCGGGUGCACCACGAGCGAGCGUGCCGCGGCAUGCUGUCCUUGGUCGACGCCCAGCACACCCGCGGCGCCACGCCGCGCCACUUCCAGUUCGACGGCUCUGGGCAGUGGCUGAUCACCGCGAACCAGGACUCCGACAGCAUCGGCGUCUUCCGCUUCAACCUGGCCACCGGCAAGCUGGACUGGACCGGCCACGAGUACAGGGUGCCGUCCCCGAACUUUGUCUGCUCCGUCCAGCCUCACGCGGAAUCUCUGCGCAGGGCGCACACAGCGUCCUCCCGCUCCCGGUCCAGGUCGCGCUCGUCGGGCUCUCCCGGCUGGCUCUGAGCGCCGGGCCCGCGGGGGGGCGCCUCGCCGCGGCACGCGGCGGCGCUGCGCGUCGCGAGGCCUGCGCAGCCUGGCUCGCCCGGCGUCGCGGCGUUGGAGCCGCGCUCGACUUGACGAAGUGUCCCUCGUCAUCGCGUUGGUCGAUUUCGAAUUCUCUCUCUUUUUUUUAUUUCAGGAUCGAACCUACCAGAGGCCACCCGAGCCUCUCGGAAGAGCUGAUUCUCGCUGCUCUGCGCCACGCGCUCCGAGAGCGCACGGCGAUCGGAUCGUGUCGGGUAGCCGACCCGUGUCUUACGGCCGAAGAGCUGAUCACGGACGGAUCGGAUCGCUAUGUCAGUCAUAGGACAUCCCAGCAGUUUUGAAGGAUGUCGGGCGCCCGGCGUCUUGCAAGGACGCAGUACUGUGCCAGGCCACUCUACCUUGGUCGUCGAACAUUUUUAAGUUUCAGUCGGGCGCCCCCCGGAAUCCUGGCUCCUCCUCGCUCCUUCUCCUCUUCCCAUCUCUCUUUCUCUUCCUCCUCUUCCUCUUCCUCCUCGUCUUCCUGCUUCUCCUCCUCUUUACAAGGCUGGGAUCACAGUUGACCUCGACACGGCCUGUGCCAUUCGUAGAACUUGCCCGAUUCACGCGAGCGUUGUACAGCUGGCAGGCGUGGCCCACUGCGGGUUCAGGCAGAUUUUUCGCGUGCUCAGAGCGAAACUUGCCCUCCUCAGGCGCUGCUCAGCCUUGCGUGCGCCCUCCCGCUCAAGUCGGUGAGGUGGACUUGGGAAUCUGGGAAGCCCUCUCCCUGGCGGUGGCGGAGGUCGUUCCGCGGCGCCCUCCGCCGGGCGAAGGGGAGUACAAUCUCUACGUCUGCAACAAAAAA